AUGGAAUCCGUGGAAGAACGCUUGAAUAAAGCUCGUCAAGAGCGCAUUGCUAGAGAAAAAGCGAGAAUCGAUAAGUUACGGGAGAUGAAUCUCAAGAAAUACAGUAAAAAUGAGUCCCAGGGUCUUUCUAGAGCGCCGUCGACCGCUUCCCUUGCUAAUAAAACACUCAAUAGUACCAUUAAACCCAAAACGGACUUAUCAAAGAGCAAUCUUAAAUGUCCAACUACAAUUAGAGAGGCUAAGAAUAAUUUUAGCAAUGAUAAAAGGCCUCUUACGGCCCCAAUGCUAAAGAAGCCAACUGCAGAAAUUAAGCCAGUUAUGAAAAGCGCUGCUCCGAAAGUAACUGAAGUUAAGGACUCAAAAAUGGUGACAAAAAGUACAAUUGUUAAAAAUACUGUAAAAAAAGAUUUUAUUAACAGUAAUAAAAUUAUUGCCAAUUCUGUUAAACUGCCGGUUAAUAGUGUUAAACUGCCUGUUAAUGGUGUUAAACAUGUCCCUAAUGUUGGUAGGAAAACUUUGGCCCCUAUCAAGAUAGCUAACCAAUUGAAAUUGUCUGAAAAUCAGUCAAAAAUGUCUGAGAAAGCUAAAGAAGCUACUAGAAAGACCAUGCUACCAAAUCAGCCAUUUGAAAAGCCAAAGAUAACUGCCAGAAAAAGUAUGGCGCCCGUAAACCAGUCCAAAAUAUUCGAGAAACCUGUGGAGUUGUCUAGAAAGAGUAUGAUACCGAUGCGGCCACUCAGUGUGACGAAGAAUAGAGAAUCUGUGUUCGAUCGUCUGUACAAGCCUAAAACGGUUCAGAAGACUGAAUUGAGUGACGCUGAUAGACUUCAACAAGACCCAAUAUUUUUACAAAAGGUUCUGCAGCAAGGAAGCCUGAUUGCCAGCAAACGGCACACAAUAUUCGGCCAGAACUUCGCCAAGCCUGUGACAAAGGCCCCGGUGCGCAGGUCCAUCUCCGCCGUCCAUCUGAAGCGGAUCAGCAAGAAGGAGCUGGGGAACUGCUUCCAGAAGUGGUCAUCUAUUGGCGAAAAACUGAAUGAAAUCGACUUAACCACCACAAACGAAGACGACAAAGUGACACAAGACACCGUACAAUCAGCCAUCAAGAGCGAACGCAAGCGAGUCCGCCUCCAAACACCCACAUUCACCCCGCGACCGGAGGAAAUGCAAAAACGACUGCAAAAAUGGCUGCAAUCCCGGGGAAAAUCCAUACACUCCUACCAACACCUACAGUGCUUCGGGAUACAUCAUUUGGCUGAGAAACCUAUCAAACCGCUGUUCAUUAAAACUGAACUUAAUGAAGAAAAGGAAUUUGAUCAGGAAAAGGAAGAUUUUGAUGAUGAGAAUAAGGAAAACAUAGAAUUGGAGCAUGAUAGCGAUAAUGAUUCUUACACUGACUGUAUGAACGAAAUUAAUGAUGAUAAUAAAACUAAAUGGAGAGGUAGAGUUAGCUAUGUGAGUGAUAGUGUUUGUAUGAAUGAUAGCGAUCAUGAUACUACAUUGAAUUCGGAAGAGGCUCCGGUGGAUGUCCUGUUGGGAGCGCUGAAUGAUCUUACGGAGUUACUGCGUGAGGGCUUCGACUGGGAGCAAUGCGCGCGCUGGUUGCGCGCUCUCCGCACCCGCUUCCCGCACGCGCCGUCCCUCGCCGCCUACUGGGAGUGCCGCGCCGCGCUGGAAGAGACGCGCGGGGACUUACCCGCCUCUGUGCAGUGCUGGGAGGAAGCUAUAGCUAAGGGAACACAGCACUCGGUAGUGGACGCUAACCUGGACCAACUUCUAGACAAAUUCAUGCAGCUCAAGAUCAGUCCCAACAGUGGGCAGCGGGGCCGCGUGGACCCCAAGCUGGUGGACGUGAAGAACGUCUUCAAGAGCACCAUCAUCAGGUUCGCCGUGCAGCAGGCUAAAUUACGGCAGUCCAACCAGGCCGACCAACCCACGCACAUCAUGACCCCCGUCCGGCGCAGCGCCCGCCUCAGCAGCCACUGGAGCGCUAAGAUUCAAAAAACACCCCGCUACCAGAAAACACCCAAGACCCCUCUGCAGAUAUGUUCUUCGAUCAGACAAGCCGGACUUAUAGGGGAAAAGGUGCUGUUUGUACCGAAUACCACUUUGUGUAACACUCCUUAACGCUAUGACGCUUGGACGCCAUUGUCUGCUAUACACCACAUCUAAAAACGCCUCUACAGAUAUGUUCCUCGAUCAGACAAGCCGGACUUAUAGGGGAAAAGGUGCUGUUCGUACCUAAUACCACUUUGUGUAACACUCCUUAACACUAUGACGCUUGGACGCCAUUGUCUGCUAUACACGACAUCUAAAAAUCCCUCUACAAAUAUGUUCCUCGAUCAGACAAGCCGGACUUAUAGGGGAAAAGGUGCUGUUUGUACCUAAUCCUAAUACCACUUUGUGUAACACUCCUUAACACUAUGACGCUUGGACGCCAUCGUCUGCUAUACACGACAUCCAAAAACGCUACUACAGAUAUGCUCCUCAGUCAGUCAAGCUGGACUUAUAGGGAAUAAGGUAGUAUUUGUACCUAAUACCACUUUGUGUAACACUCCUUAACACUAUGACGCUUGGACGCCAUCGUCUUCUAUACACGACAUCCAAAAAUACCCAAAACCCCUAUACAGAUAUGUUCUUCGAUCAGACAAGCCGGACUCAUAGGGGAAAAGGUGCUGUUUGUACCUAAUACCACUUUGUGUAACAC